GCAGGCAGAGUGUCAACCAAAUAAUUACAGCAAGUAGCCACAUUCUGGAGAGAAAUCACCAUGUGUUAGUGCUUCCUCGUGGCAUUUUUUGGAUACAAACGCAGGCCGACAAAGUGGAUUGAGAGCGCACGAGCCACGUUCUUCAGAGCAGCAGCGAUGGAGGAGCAGCGGGACCCGAACAGCUCGGACAGCAGCGAGGCAGAGAGCGUCUCCCCGGCCCCCAGCCUGCCCUCUCCGCCCAUCCUGCCGCUGCAGGUCGCGCAGCAGGCCCACAGAACCACCAACUUCUUCAUCGACAACAUCCUGCGGCCGGACUUCGGCUGUAAGAAGGAGCUCGGCCUCGGCUCGCGGGAGAGGGCGCACAGCUCCGGCCGGGAGCGCGUGCAUCCGGCGGUCAGCAGGCCGAGCCUCCCCGGGACUCCUUGCCAGGACUCAAACUGCAGCACCGACAGCUCCUCCUCCUCCGCCUCCUCCACCUCACUGACGAGUCCCAAAAAGAGCGGCGGCGGAGGAGCGGCAGCUGCCGCCGGCUCCACCGGGAGCGGCGGAGUGAAAGCCGAGGAGAGGACGGGCGGCGGGGCCGUGGAGAACACUUCCUCCUCGUUGGUGGUUCUGAACGGCUCCGCCGCUCCAACACCGGAAAGCCAGCCGCUGCUGUGGCCCGCCUGGGUCUACUGCACCCGGUACUCGGACAGGCCCUCAUCUGCAGGCCCAAGGACCCGGAAACUGAAAAAGUCGAAAAGCGGCAAAGAGGACAAGCGGCCGCGCACCGCCUUCACCGCGGAGCAGCUGCAGCGGCUGAAGACGGAGUUCCAGGUGAACCGGUACAUCACGGAGCAACGGAGACAGUCUCUGGCCCAGGAACUGAACCUGAACGAGUCCCAGAUCAAGAUCUGGUUCCAGAACAAGCGCGCCAAGAUCAAGAAGGCCAGCGGCUUCAAGAACGGACUGGCGCUGCAGCUGAUGGCGCAGGGACUGUACAACCAUUCCACCACCACCAUCCAGGAGGACAAGGAGGACAGCGACUGAGGAGGAGGAGGAGGAGGAGGAGGAGGCUCGGGGACUGACGCGUGCUCCUCCUCCAUACACUCUGUACUAUGUAAAUAUAUGAUAUCUAAUUUAAUGAUGAGGAGGGGAGGGGGAGCUGAGCGGAUCUCCUCUUCCUCACCUCCUCACCUCCUCCUCCUCCUCCUCUCUGCAGCAGACAGACAGACUGAGACUGAAGCUGCCGACACAAACCAAAGAUCUCCUCGGGAAACAGAGCCUGACACUUUCUCAAACUUUAAAGACUGAAAAAGAAACAUCCCUCAUUAUCUUCUUCAUUUCUGUGUCUGUGAGCUGAGAGUGAAACGGACCCCCUCUCCCUCCUCUUCCUCCUCCUCCUCUUCCUCCCGCAGCCAGCAGCUGAUGUUCUGGCACUUUCUCUUUCCUGCAGCUCGUGUAUCUGUGGUUCCAGCAGCGUCCAAACACGACGCGAGCAGCCACAAGCUCCAUCACACUUUGAGUUUUUAUUCUCCUUUGGACCAACAUGACUUCUGAGAACUGUUGUAAUCCUGCUGCUUGUUUCACACUGACUCCACACACGCUGAACCAAGUGCCAAAACCCGAACAAACACACACACUACCUGCAGGGAGACAGAGCAGGAGCAUUAAGGCAUCUGAUGGGGUGUAAUUUAAUUUUAAAAGCACUUAUAAGAAUCGUUUUUGCAGAAUGCAGAAAAUUUAGAUGCCAGAUAUUUUAAUUUGACAUUUUAGUAUAAUCAUAAAUUAAAUAAAUGAAUAGCUUUACUAUUUUCCCGUGAUGGACUGAAUGUUUUAGAACAAAACCUCACAAAAAAGGCAGAGCUAAAUGACGGAAAUUAAUAGAUUUGAUGCUUCGAUAAUUAAAGCUUCAGAUAUUAUUAUA